AAUAAAAAUUAGCAUAAGUGUACCAAAUCCCAAGAAAAAAUGAGUAUUUCCAAUCUUCCCAAACUUUCCCCCAAAUUCCUUCUCCCUUUCCCUUGUCACUUUCCAACUGCUCCUUCAAAAACCAACCCAAUUCCCUUCAAUCUUCCCACUCUUCAACUGACACAAACAAAAACCCAUUUUGGCACAGAGAAAAUGAGCUCUGUGGAUGCUAGUGGCGUCGGUGGCGGAAAUGGUGGCGGGUUUGAUCAGAACAUGCUUGUGAUGAGGCACGGCGAUCGGAUGGACAACUUUCUUCCAACGUGGAUUACCACGGCGGAGAGGCCGUGGGAUCCGCCCCUUAUUGACGCUGGAAAAGUCAGAGCUUAUAAAGUUGGUAACGAGAUUCGAACCCGACUCGGGUUUCCGAUCCACCGUGUUUUUGUUUCUCCUUUCCUUCGAUGUAUUCAGACUGCUUCUGAGGUUAUCUCUGCUAUUUGUUCCUCUUCCGAUGAUUCAUUUGACCCCACUAAAGUUAAGGUUUCUAUUGAGUAUGGGUUGUGUGAGAUGUUGAGUAGGGAGGCCAUAAGACCUGAAUAUGCACCUAAAGAUGGUGAUUUUCGUUUCAAUAUCUCCGAGCUUGAAGCUAUGCUACCUGCUGGAACUGUAGAUCAUUCUGUUGAAAGGAUUUACCAAGAGAUGCCGCGGUGGGAAGAGACUGUUUUGGGUUCAAGGAACAGAUAUGAGCAUAUCAUUCAGGCGCUCGCAGAUAAAUACCCUAGAGAAAACUUAUUGCUGGUUACACACGGGGAAGGCGUUGGAACUUCAGUUUCAACCUUCAAGAAAUAUGUAACUGUUUAUGAAGUAAACUAUUGUGCUUACUCACAUGCAAAAAGGCACAUCACCUUUGGAGAAAGCGGGGCAGUCAAUGCUGAAAGCUUUCAGUUACUCACUGUUCCACACGCAACCGGUAUCGGGUUCAAUGCAGCAAACAGCUUUGCUGAUGGUGUAUAACCUCUACAUUUUGAGACCCAGAAGGGUGCUUUGAUUUCUUAAUAAUUGUUUGCAGCUAUAUACAUGCCUCAAUAUCCAGUCUUCUGGCCGGUAUACAUUAGGCUUAGAGUUGCUCAUUGUCAUAUUACAGGAUGAUGUUAGCCUGUAGCAUCAUUGACCGAAACAUUGAAACUUAUAGAUUUGAAGAAAACGAGCAUAGUUUCAUUUCA